AUUAUGAAAUCGCUUUUUAAAAUAAUUGAUUUGAUCAAAGUCACAUUAUAUGAACAAAUAUGUUUUAUCCACAGCAGCAUGAGUUGACAGUGCGUUUCGUUAAGUUCUGGUUUUCUGGGUCACGAAUAGAGCAGUGUGAAGAUCGAUAUCUCCCAGAGAGCUAAAAGAGUAACUUGAGUGUUUCCUGUCAGCAGAAAUGACGGCCUCAGACUGAGUCACCAGAGGAGGUCUGAGCUGAGAGGAAGCUGCAGAGAAAGAGGAACUCGUACAGAAAGACAGGGUAUGAAUUGAAGGCAGCAAAAAGCAGAAUCGAGACUGAUUAAGAUGAUGAGCAGAUAGAACUCAGCUGCUCCACCUUGGGGUGGUGGCUUUAAUAAUUAAGUAACAAAAACAGUACAUGACCACCAUGAUGCAUUCACAGGCCAGUUCUUACGUACCCUUUGCAGCAGCUCGUUAACAAAUAUCUAAUCAGCCAAUCAGCAACCCAAUCCACUUAGGCAUGUAGAUGUGAGCACAUCCACAUGUCUAAAUGAAUGCGGCAUGGUUGUUGGUGCCAGAUGCGCUGGGCCGAGUAUUUCAAAAACUGCUGAUCCAGUACUUUCCCACACAAACAUCUCCAGUGUUUAAAGAGAUGGUCUGAAAAACUAUCCAGUGAGCAGCAGUUCUCCAGGAGAAAAUCCUAGAGGUCAAGCCUCUGAAUCGUUUACAUGUUCAAUGGCAAACUUACACAUUGAACAUGGGUUCAUUUCGGUUGAUUUUCUGUUUCUCUCCAUAAAAAUUAGAGACUGUUCAUUUCUUGGUAUGUGAGCAAACUUACAGUUGUUGCCAAAAGUUUUAAGAAUGACACAAAUAUUUGUUUUCACAAAGUUUGCUGCUUCCAAUUUCAUGAUAGCAAUUUGCAAAUACUCCAGAGUGUUAUAAAGAGUGAUCAGAUGAAUUGCGAAGUCCGUCUUUGCCUUGACAGUGAACUAAAUCCCCAAAAAACUGGCUGAGAUCAUUUCAAUAAUCUUGUCGUUAACUCAGGUGGAGAUCAUUAUGUCAUGCUGACCGGUUUAGAAUACCAGACUGAAGGUGAUGAAAGGAGGCUGAUGUUUGAAAUCAUUGUUCUUCCUGUUAACCUUGGUUACCUGCAAAGAAACACAGCCAUCAUUGAAUUGCAUAAAAAAGGCUUCACGGGCAAGGAUGGUUUUGCUACUAAGACUGCACCGAAAUUGAAGUUCAGUUGAAAUUGAAGUCCAACAAGCACCAGGACUGUCUCCUAAAGAUGAUUGGGCUGCGUGAGUGCCACCAGUGCAGACCUUGCUCAGGAAACGUAGCAGGCAGGUGUGAGUGCAUCUGCAUGCACAGUGAGACAAAGACUUUAGGAAGAUGGCCUGGUGUCAAGAAGGGCCGCAAAGAAGCCACUCCUCGCAAAUAAAAUGUCAGGACAGAUUGAUAUUCUGCAAAAAGUGCAGGAAGUGGACUGCUGAGGACUGGCGUAAAGUCAUUUUAUCUGAUGAAGCCCCUUUCUGAUUGUUUGGGGCAUCUGGAAAAAGGAUUAUCUGGAGAGGAAAAGGUGAGCACCACCAUCAGUCCUGUCUCAUGCCAACAGUAAAGCAUCCAGAGACCAUUCAUGUGUGGGGCUGCUUCUCGUCCAAGGGAGUUAGCUCACUCACAAUUUGGCCAAAGAACACAGCCCUGAAUAAAGAAUGGAACCAAAACAUCCUCUAACAGGAACAUCUAACCAUCCAAAAGCAGUUUGGUGAAGAACAAUGCCUUAUCCAGCAUAAUGGAGCACCGUGCCAUAAGACCAAAGUGAUAAUUAAGUGGCUCGGGGAACAAAACAUUCUGGCAAACUCAAAGCAUUGAUUAUGAAAGAAUGGGUUGCCAUCGGUCAGGAUUUGGCUCAGAAGUUGAUUGAAAGCAUGCCAGGGCAAACUGCAGAGGUCUUGGAAAAGAAGGGCCAACACUAUAAAUAUUGACUCUUUGCAUAAACAUAUCGAUGAAAGCCUUUAAAACUUAUAUAGUGCUUGUAAUUCUACUUCAAAACAUUGCAGAAACAACUGACACAAAGAUAUAAAAACACUCAAGCAGCAAACUUUUUGAAAACCAAUAUUUGUGUCAUUCUCAAAACCUUUGGCCACUACUGUACAAAUUCAGUAAGGGAUCAAAUAAUUAUUUCCCGCACCAUUUACACUGGGUAAGUUUGAGCCAUUCAUUUUUAGUUCAGACUGUUUAUAAAAGGGUGAAUGUAGCCGUCAGUGAAGUGUUUAUGUCCUCACCAUUUAGGUGUUCUGAAAGUAGACCUGUUGAGAGUGGAUCUAAGAACCCCAGGGACACCGCACAAGAUACUCUGCCAGCUUCUCUGCUUUAUCACCCUUUUUGACUCUAAAAAUAACCAUAGUUUGCAAAAUAAACCUCACUUUGCAUUAAAUAUGACUUGAAAGCAGCGAUUGAGAACAUAAACUCAACAGAAAACUCACAGACUUCUAUUUAACUGGAGUGUUUUUGGAAGCAGAAGCCCCCUGCUGGCCAUUUAAAGGAAUGCAGGUUAAAGGCACUUCUGCACUCCCUUAGCUUCUUAGACCCAGGACCAUCAUUUGUAUACAGUUAAUGCACUUUACACACACAUAUAAGCAAUGUUUAAAAAAAUUAAGGCGGACUCCGUAUUCUUUUUGUGAAUGCUAUGAGACCUCUUUGAGCUUCUAGGGGACCCUGGUUAGGAAACAUUAAGCUACUAUGAUGUGUUAGUAAUUUAUAAUGUUACAGAUUACAGUUUUACAGUUUUAAAAUGUGAAACUUUUAUUUGUAAUAUUUAUUCUUCAGCUUUAUUGUUUUUACUUUGUGUCGAGUAAACUAUUUCUGUAGUUCUCCCACUUCUGUCUUUUAAUAAAUUACUAGAUUUGUGGACGGACAAACCCAAAGUAGGCUACCCGCUGUAACCGAACAGCUCAGCUCCCUUUGAUGGAGAGAAAUCUCCGCUCAGACCGCUUAAAAUCUCAUUUUCCUAUAUGAUCUCCGAUGAUUGAGGAGCGGCAAUGAUUCCCCCCCUCUGUCCCUCUCUCUCUCCUACUCUGGCCCUCCUCCCUGACUCCUUUCCCCUCCCUCCCUCUCUCCCACACGCAUUCAUAGUCUACAGACCGACAGGCUGGGCGACCCCCCUCCCCCCCUUCCAUCAUUUUCCCAUCCCUUACUCGCUUCCCUACAACAAAUAUGGCCGCGAAAUCUGACGGUGCACCCGUCUCUCUCCGAAACGCAAUCCCACCCGAGUGCCCCUCCAGGUCGGACCCGCGGCCUCCCCAGCGCCGUCCCGACGAGCAGCGCUAUACCCUCUCGGACUGCUGCUGGACGCUGUGCGCCCUUCUGGUGUUCUUCGCGGACGGGGCCUCAGACCUGUGGCUGGCCGCGGACUACUACCUAAGGAAGUACUACCCGCAGUUUGUACUGACUCUGGUCUUUGUGAUAGUCCCGUCCGUGGUCGUGCAAGUGUUGAGCUUCCGAUGGUUCGCCUACGAUUUCUCGGAAACCGUGGAAAGCGGCACUGCCGCGGCCGCCGUGGUGGCAGCGUCGGAGCGCGACAUCAGCACCAAGGACAGCGGCGAGCGGGGCGCUGGCCGCUCUGCCGCGGCCGGGGUGCUGCCAGGGCCGGGCACCGGGGGAGGAGCCCGGGGGUGCUGCAGAGUCUUCGUCUGGCUCUUCCAGGCUCUCAUUCACAUCUUUCAGCUGGCACAGGUCUGGAGGUAUGUCCACGCCUUGUAUUUGGGCGUGCAGAGCCGCUGGCACGGAGACCCAGAGCGGCGUCACUACUAUUGGCGCAUGAUGUUUGAGAGCGCUGAUAUCAGCAUGCUUCGUCUUCUGGAGUCCUUUCUGAAGAGCGCCCCUCAGCUCGUGCUGCAGCUCACCAUCAUGAUCCGGGCCAAUCAGGUGCUGCCCCUCCAGGGGCUUUCAGCUUCUGCCUCACUGAUAUCCCUCGCCUGGAUGAUCUCCUCCUACCAGAAAGUCCUGAGGGACUCCCGAGACGAUAAGCUACCCAUGACCUACAAUGCAGUGAUAGUUCAGAUUCUGUGGCACUUAUUUACCAUCGGAGCUCGCACACUGGCGUUUGCCCUCUUUGCCUCCGUGUUCCAGCUUUACUUUGGCAUCUUCAUCGUGGCCCACUGGUGCAUCAUGACAUUUUGGAUCAUUCAAGGCGAAACGGACUUCUGCAUGUCCAAAUGGGAGGAAAUCAUCUAUAACAUGAUGGUGGGUAUUGUCUAUAUCUUCUGCUGGUUCAGCGUCAGAGAGGGGCGCACCUGCUGCAGGAUGCUCAUCUACAGUCUCACUGUGUUUGUUGAGAAUGUGGCGCUCACCACCUUCUGGUACCUGUACCGCAGCACUGGCGAGCGCCAGAGUACCUUAGACUUAUACGCUGUCAUGAUGGUGUGCGUGGUGGCCAGCAGCUACGCUCUGGGCACCUUCUUCAUGUUUGUGUAUUACUGCCUGCUGCACCCUGACGGUGCAGUUUCAGGGUGUAGUUACAUAGUGGAGAAGGAGGUGCCCGUGGAGGCUCUGGCCUCGCCAGCCUCCAGCCUCCCUCCUGACCUGGUAAGCAGCCCUCCCAGGACCCUUCAGAGAACUAAAGGGUCAGACAGAGAGCCGGGGAUAGAUGGGGAUGUGUUUAAGGUGCGGCCACCUCGGGGAGCUCAGACCCCAGUGCCUCAUCUCACACCCAGGACAGAGGGCCCCGUCAUCCGGAUAGACCUGCCCAGGAAGAAGUACCCCGCCUGGGACGCUCACUUCAUCGACCGUCGGCUGCGUAAAACCAUCCUGGUGCUCGAGAGUGCUGCCCCCGUUACACCGAGGAUUCAGUACCGCUGCCUGAGCACUCCCAAAGAAGUGAUGGAGUACGAAACCACCGUGUAAUGCGCCGAUGGUGCUGUGACUCAGCUUGUUCCUGUGUGGACAUCCUGCCUUAAAUAAAAAUGGCAGGAGGAUGACUCUCACUGAGUGGUCAGUUUUAGCUCCACACUUACUUAACGGCUCUCUGUUCUGGCCACAAACAGCCACAUCAGGGGAUGGAGUGUUGCGUGUUUACUUUCUACAUGGGGCAAGAUUCUGCGAUAUUGUCUGGUGACGGUGCAUAUUUUGGUUUCUGUAUCAUUUCUCAGGUCAGGAUGUGUUACAGAAAGAUAUGGAAGGUAGAGAGGAUCACAGGCAGGCAGAGAAGUGGAGCUGUUAUCAGUCAGAGGCAGAAAGUCCUCCUCGGCGAAGGUGCUUCAGCAAAUCCUCGUCAGGUGGUCGACAACAGAGACAAGCCUUCAACAUGCAUGAUUAUUUAUGGCAGCUAAAACUCAAACAUCACCGAGUGAGUAGGUAGACUCGCACUGCAUUUUUAAACACCAUCUUAUGUACACGCAGCACAGGUAGUGGUCUCCCGAAUCACAAUUUUCCAUAGCUAUUCACUCAUGUUGAAGGAGUCUCUGAAAAUGCUGUUUCUAAUCCGAAGGGCACAUCAAAAGCAACAUUUGAGUUGAAUGUAAAAACAGUUGAAAAUGUGAUUAUUUGUGACAAGGCUUUGAGCAUUUUCAUGCUGUUAGUGGGAUUGUCAUCAUUCCUGUGACACUAUAUUUGUUUUUUGUUUUUAAGGUAAGCUAUGUGCGUGUUUACAAGCAAUCUGUUAUUUUGGGGACAUGCCAUCACUAUUAUAACAAGAUGCACCUUCCUCCAGAAUGUGUAUGUACUGAACACUGCAUUUUACAGGACUCAACAGCUGUAUUUUCAUACUGCAUCCACCUUCCACAACAAAAACAAAACAGGACAGAUAAUAAUUUACAUGUAAAAUACUGUAAAAUGAAGAAGUUGUUGCAGAGGGACAGCACUGUCUGUAUUUGUACUGUAUUCAUAUUUUGUUGUCUGAACAGUGUUUAAAAAAUAGCUGCAGACUCCUAACAGAAUAGCUUUGAUAUUACAGGCAUGUAGUACUUUUGGUAGCCCUUUAUUUUGCCAGUCUGUGAUUUUCUAAUAAUUUCCUCAAAAGCUUUUUAGGACUAGUUUUGUAGUUUGGCACAAGCAGAUUAAUAACAUCCAGAGAAAUUUUAGUGAACAUAUUAAAGCACAGCAUUAAAAUCACUUGUCUAACUCCUCUUCGCAGAUCUUUUGGGUCUUAUAGGGUGUGGGGCAUACCCCCUGUUAAUUGGGUGUGUGUUGACACAUCACUCUAGAGCACAAUCCUAUUAGGAUCUGGGAAAUUUGAAUGCUGGCGUUCCUCCUAGGGCUGUUUAUUGUGUUCCUUGAAAAUGAGAAAGGCCAUGUUUGGUGCAUGGUACAUAGUCUGGUUUGAGGAAAUCACUGCUACAGUAGCAGAGAUGUGAACAGAGGCAAACAGACUGUUGCCUCUGUUCACAAAACAGACUCCUUUUGCGCUGUGUUGUGAAAGCCUAUUGGCCGAGAGUCUCCCAAAGAAUUAAUUCUGCUGACGACAAUCAGAAAGUGAUGACAAAGCUUUUUGGUGCCAUUCGUGGGCAGCUGAGAAUCUUCAGCUUCACUUUUAUAUAAAGAGGAAAGAAAGAGAGCGCUUGGAGAAAACUAAGCAAAAUCACAGGACCCUUGUAAAUUGUGGAAAUAUUGUACUUGUUACUUAAAUCCAGAGUCGUUCUUCUUUUGUCUGUAAGGGGCAGAUAUUUGAAAAAGGGACUUUAUUCUUUUGAGUAAAGCUCAAAGUUACAUCCACGUGAAUUCCAGUCCACCCGUUACAGUUUUUUACAGGUUUUUUUUGUAUAUAUAAUUCAUUCAUUCUACGCUAAUUAUUGUAAACAGUGUUUUUGUAUUUGUAGACAAAUUGCCAACAGCUUUACACGUUUUGUUGACCUCCUGAAGGUUUUGGAUGCAUUCUUGUAAACUGUGCAUGUGGAGACCGAAAGAAGGACUGGGUUUGCAGUCAACUAUCACCUGAAGAGGAUUUAGCUUUUUAGAAGCUUUUAUUUUAAAGUCACCUGCAUAAAACAGUGAUCAGUGCAUGUAACUGGAACUCUUGGCCCAGAUAUCAGAUAUGAGUGAGCCCUUUUUUAUUACAAUUUACCCCAGUGUAAUAGCAGUUUACAAAUUCACCUAACAAAUUAAAGCUUUCCAGUUCGGACCCUUGUGGUUGCGGGGCAUCCAGCAUAUAAAAUCUGCCAAAUCAAACAUGCAGCACUACCUCCUGUCACGACCCCGUGAAUUAGGGAGCUGCUGAAAGUAGCACCACCCGAAUUGAAAUAAUUGUUACAAAUGGACUGUUCAGCACAGUCCAUUUUUAACUAUUAGUGACAAAUUACACUGAAUUAAAGUCAUUUUACAUGAAUCUUUUGAGGAAAUUAUUUUUAAUUAAUGGACUUAUAAAAUAAAGUUUUACCUUCCUUUCUUUUAUCAGGGUUGUUUUUCUAUAGAAUAGUCACACAGGAGAGAUUUUCUGACUUUUGUGUGUGCUAGUGUGUGUGUGUGUGUGUGUGUGUGUGUGUGUGUGUGUGUGUGUGUGUGCGCGCGCGCAAGCUCACAUACCAGCAUGUGUAUGGGUGUAUGUGGGAGAGUCCUGCCGUGUCCAUUUAAAUAAUUUGAAGCUGUGUCUAUGACAGUUUUGUUGUAAACACCGUCCUUUAAGCUGGUUUUUCCCAGAUGGCAGAAACAAAAGAGAAAAAAAAAGACCACAGAGCACCUUUACCACGCCUGCUGCAGUCAAAGAAAAAAAAAGCCAGAGAGGCUUUGAUUAUGGUGCUAACUCAAUCCAUCAAUAACAACCACACAAUGUACCAUAAAAUGAGUUUGUUGUGGCAGGAGUUGGGUGGGGCUGUACCUCAAACACAAAAGCUAGAAUCUAAAAGCCUUAAGCUGGUCAUGCCAGACUGUUGCUGUUCAGAGCAAGAAAAAAAAGAUGGAACAAGAAGGUGGAGAUGAUUUCAUGAUGUUGUUGUUGCUAAAAUAAAGAGCAGUGUGUUUACCUGAC